ACCCGGGAUCGGCUGUGACUCGGGAGGCGCCUCCUGCGGCAGCCCGGCCUGGCUCCGGCCCGGCCGGGGCGAUGCUCCCCGAGGCCGCGGGAUGAGCCAGUGACUCGGCUGGCCCGGGCAUGGCGGACCCAGUGGCGGGCAUCGCGGGCUCGGCGGCCAAGAGUGUGCGGCCAUUCCGCUCGAGUGAGGCCUACGUGGAGGCCAUGAAGGAGGACCUGGCCGAGUGGCUCAACGCCUUGUACGGCCUGGGUCUGCCCAAUGGUGGCGAUGGCUUCCUGACGGGGCUGGCCACAGGCACCACCCUGUGCCAGCAUGCCAACGCUGUCACCGAGGCCGCCCGCACAAUGGCCGCUGCCCGCCCGGCCCGUGGGGUGGCCUUCCAGGCACACAGUGUGGUGCCUGGCUCCUUCAUGGCCCGAGACAACGUGGCCACCUUCAUCGGCUGGUGCCGAGCGGAGCUGGGUGUGCCCGAAGUGCUCAUGUUUGAGACUGAGGACCUAGUGCUACGAAAGAAUGAGAAAAGCGUGGUGCUGUGUCUGCUGGAGGUGGCGCGGCGUGGAGCCCGCCUCGGCCUGCUGGCCCCUCGGCUCGUGCAGUUCGAACAGGAGAUUGAGCAGGAGCUCCGUGCCGCACCCCCGGUCCCUAACACCCCCACUGCUGGGGAGGACACCGCCGAGACCUCUGCCACCCCUGGGGCUCCUGCACGGGGGCCCCGCAUGACACCCAGCGACCUGCGCAACCUCGACGAGUUGGUGAGGGAGAUCUUGGGCCACUGCACCUGCCCAGACCAGUUUCCCAUGAUCAAAGUCUCAGAGGGGAAGUACCGCGUGGGAGACUCCAGCCUGCUCAUCUUUGUGCGGGUGCUUAGGAGCCACGUGAUGGUGCGUGUGGGCGGUGGCUGGGACACGCUGGAGCACUACCUGGACAAGCAUGACCCCUGCCGCUGCUCCUCCACCGCCCACCGCCCGCCCCAGCUGAGGGCUGGCACCUUCUCCCCACAGCGGGUGUCACCUACCCCCAGUCCCCGAGCUGGUAGCCCAGCUCCAGGGGCUGAGCGCCGGGGCUCCCGCCCCGAGGUGACACCUAUUAGCUUACGCAGCUCAAAGGAGGGGCUCGAGACCCCACUCAGCUCCUCCUCUUCAUCCCUCAGCGUCCUGGGUAGCAAGUGUGGCCAACCUGGGGACUCUGGCAGGAUGGCCAACGGGCUGCCCGGGCCCCGAGGCCCAGCCCUGUCCAGUUCCUCCGAUGAAGGCAGCCCCUGCCCUGGUGCAGGGGGCCCACCAGAUGCACCUGGGGGCCCCCUGGCCGGUCCAGAGGCCCCAAGGACCUGGGCACGAGGCCGGAUGGACACACAGCCAGACAGAAAACCCUCACGCAUCCCCACACCCAGGGGCCCCCGCCGCCCAUCUGGACCCACGGAGCCUGGGUCCUGGCAUGCCCUGCACUCAGUCAACCCAAGGGUGGAGCCAGAUUCCUGGAUGUGAUGGACCAGCCCAGCUGACCCCAGUCCUCCAUUCCUUCUCCUUUUCCUUUGUGGCCUUAACCCCUCUGCAUCAGGGAGCCCCCUCCCCUGCCUCUUGGGGACCAGACCUCAUGGGACCAGACCCCUUGGGACCACAUGGCACAAUGGGACCUGUUGUACAUUCCGGUUGGGGGAUGAGCAUUGCUAUUUAAUUACUAAUAUUAUUGAAUGCCUUAGAAGAGGCUGGGCCAGCCCAGUGAGGACCUCUCCUGAGGUCCUGUGGCCCUGCAGAGCCUGACAGUAAAGUUUUGUUCCAGCUA